AAAAGUUUAGCCAACAGGAAAUAAAUAUUUCAGUCAUUCGAAACAGUUCAGUCGUCGGGAAAGGAUAUAAAAUCGAAAAGAAAAAGAAAAAUGGAAAAAGAAAAUACUGCUGGUGCGGAUGGAGAACAGGCUCGUCACCCCCCAAAUGGAGGUCCUGCCGCCUCUGGCUUGCAGAAGGAGGAAGAGAAGCAGCAGCAGCCACACAGCGAUGCUAUGGAAAAACAGAACCGACAACAGCACGCAGGACAACAGCGAGGACAGGGCGGCAAUCAACAACGCCAAGGAGGCUCCCAACUCUAUAGUUCUCGCCAGCCGCAAGGCGAACUCCCCCAAUGGCCAGGAGCCCAGGGACGAGGUCUGCCUCAGCCGCGUGGAACUUUGGGAAAACCUGGUCAAGUAUCUGUCAAUUAUCUCGACGUUAACUUGGACAAAAUGCCUGCGGUGGCCUAUCACUACGAUGUGAAGAUCACGCCAGAGCGUCCUAAGAAGUUCUAUCGUAAGGCUUUUGAGCAGUACAGAGUUGAACACUUGGGCGGUGCGAUUGCCGCAUUUGAUGGACGUGCAUCGUGCUACUCAGUUGUGAAGCUAAAAUGCAGCUCCCAGGGCCAAGAAGUGAAAGUAACAGAUCGCCAUGGCCGUAUCCUGAAUUACACUCUGGAACUCAAGGAGACGGAGGACUUGGAGGUCGAUCUGAACUCGCUGAGAAGCUAUAUGAAGGAUAAGAUAUAUGACAAGCCCAUGCGAGCCUUGCAGUGUCUGGAGGAUGUGUUGGCAGCACCCUGUCAUAACACCGCCAUACGCGCCGGUCGCUCCUUCUUCAAAAGGUCUGAGCCCGGAAGUGCCUUUGAUCUUAACGACGGCUACGAAGCUCUGGUUGGGCUCUAUCAAACAUUCGUGCUUGGCGAUCGCCCGUUUGUCAAUGUGGACAUAUCGCACAAGUCCUUUCCGAAGGCCAUGACGAUCAUUGACUAUUUAGAGCAGAAUCAGCAACACUGUUCCUGUUCAAACUGUUCAACUGUCAUGGCCGGUAAUGGAGAGGCGUCCUGGUGCUUCUCACAGAUUAAGGGCGCCUUGGACGAUGAUGUCACAGAUGCGGAUAUCAUAUCCUGCGUGGAAUUCAAUCACGAUGGCGAGCUGCUGGCCACCGGCGACAAGGGCGGUCGCGUCGUCAUCUUUCAGCGUGAUCCUGCCUCGAAAGCCGCCAAUCCGCGACGCGGCGAAUACAAUGUCUAUUCGACAUUCCAAUCGCACGAGCCCGAAUUCGAUUACCUCAAGUCGCUGGAGAUCGAGGAGAAGAUCAACAAAAUCCGAUGGCUGCAACAGAAGAACCCAGUGCACUUUCUGCUCUCCACCAACGACAAGACGGUCAAGUUGUGGAAGGUCAGCGAGCGCGACAAGUCCUUUGAGGGCUACAACACGAAAGAGGAGAACGGUCUGAUCAGGGAUCCCCAAAAUGUAACCGCCUUACGAGUUCCUUCUGUGAAGCAGAUACCGCUGAUGGUGGAGGCCUCGCCGCGUCGCACCUUCGCCAAUGCACAUACCUAUCACAUAAAUUCAAUUAGCGUUAAUUCCGAUCAAGAGACUUUCCUGUCCGCCGACGAUUUGCGCAUCAAUCUCUGGAACCUGGAGGUGGUCAAUCAGAGCUACAACAUUGUCGACAUCAAGCCAACCAACAUGGAGGAGCUCACCGAGGUGAUCACGGCAGCCGAAUUCCAUCCGACCGAGUGCAAUGUGUUCGUCUAUUCGAGCUCCAAGGGCACAAUACGUUUAUGUGAUAUGCGUUCGGCGGCGUUAUGCGACCGGCACAGCAAACAGUUCGAGGAGCCCGAGAAUCCAACGAAUCGCAGCUUCUUCAGCGAGAUAAUCAGCUCCAUCAGUGAUGUGAAGCUGAGCAAUUCUGGUCGCUAUAUGAUCUCCCGGGACUAUCUGAGCAUCAAGGUGUGGGACUUGCAUAUGGAAACCAAGCCCAUUGAGACCUAUCCGGUCCACGAAUACCUGCGCGCUAAACUGUGCUCGCUGUAUGAGAACGAUUGCAUUUUCGACAAAUUCGAGUGCUGUUGGAACGGCAAGGAUAGCUCGAUUAUGACUGGCAGCUAUAAUAACUUUUUCCGUGUCUUUGAUCGCAACUCGAAAAAGGAUGUCACGCUGGAGGCCUCCAGGGACAUCAUCAAGCCGAAGACGGUGCUCAAGCCGCGAAAAGUUUGCACUGGUGGCAAACGGAAGAAAGACGAGAUCAGCGUGGACUGUCUCGACUUUAACAAGAAAAUUCUGAACACCGCCUGGCAUCCCGAAGAGAAUAUCAUCGCAGUGGCCGCGACCAACAAUCUGUUCAUAUUUCAGGAUAAAUUUUAGCCAACACUCUAUAAACCUCACACCGGAAUCACACGCCCACAACCACAACAACAGCAGCCAGAACCGCCAACAAAAACACGCCUGAGCCUCAGCCAAAGCAGUCACUGGAGCCACUGUAACCACUGGAGCCACUGGAGCCACUGCCUUGGCAGAGGUCGCCUCAUUUUAAUUUUAAUGUUAAUUCGAUUCUUUUGUUCUCUUUAAAUUCAAAUCGUUUGUUGUUUGUUAAAUUACACCUCUUUCAGGCCCGGCCGCCAUCCAUCCAAAAUCUUACAAAAAA